AUGCUACGAUGUGGUUGUCGGAGCAUAGCACGGGGUGUAUCAAACUGGCGGCCGCUCAUUGCCAGGCAAAUAUCCGGCCCAGUGCUUGCAAAACCGACGAAGCGUACACACGCCAGAGGUGAUGCUCUACCACGACGUGAGCAGAAACCGGAUGGCCUGGUCGCGACCAAACCACAAGGGACUCCCAAACUCCCGGCACGCAAUGACAGGAACGAUGUGAAAGCAUGGGCGUCUUUGUUAGAAGCCUGUUUGCCACCACAAUUACGACUGCCUGAGUACCAUAGCCUGAACGCUGGCAUCCAAGAUGGAGCAGAGAAAGGGCGCAUCCUGUACGUGGCUCGAAGGCGGCCUGCUUCCGGAGGCGGUGCCGAUUUGUUGUACGAUCUUGGUAUACAGCAAGGUAGAUGGCAAGCGGUCGUCUGGCUAGUGAAGAGCCUUGUCGAUGCGCUAGGUCCGAAAUCGCCUUUGCAGGAUGAGACUUCUCCUGUGCCUACCAUCUGGAACGGUCAGAUCUCUCUGGACGAAUUGACCAAGGAAAGCAUCGAGCUUGAAACAGCUCUGUCUGAGCCGGAACGGUUAUCACCCCACGCACUCGAUACUCUAGAUGCUGGUUUCGGCCAUACCACCGAGGUGACAGCCACAGAACUCCGGGGAGAACUUCGACGUAAUGUACUCGGCGUCAUUUGGCGUAGUCUUGGAGCCAUGAUCAUCGCAUGUGCGGACGGCCCCGUCAAGCCCGAAGUUCUCGAGAUCAUCGCAUAUCUACAUCACUCGGGAAUCAUGCCUACAUCGAUAUACAGCCGCAAACCCCGCCUUGAUGAAACUGCGAUUCAGCAGCCCCCAACCCUCCAUAUGUUGAGUUCUCGGAUCUUGACAUCACUCUCCGAUGCGGCUUGGAGGGCUCAUGAGAAGAUCGUGCUCGAUCAAGCGAAAGCUAAUGGUAACAAAUCCCUGCCCUUGCGACCAGAAAUUCCUGGUAGCGCAUAUCGCAUCCAUGUGUCCGGGUUGAGUGCCGAGAUAUGGCUCGAGCUCAUAUUGUGGUCCUGUCUGCAUGGCGAGUGGGUACAGGAAGGUCUGGCUAUUCUCGAAACCGUCUACCGACAACCUCAGCCACAGUGGAAGGCAAUUUCCUGGCGUUCGCUGCUGCCCGAUGCAAACGACUCCUUAAGGAACUGGGAUAAGCUCGAGUACAUAUUCAACACUCAGGCACCUCAUAACAUGGAUCAAGACCCAGUAGUACACGACGUGAAACGGACCAUCAGCAGCGAGGUCGUCAACGCAUAUGUAGACGCGCUGGUUAGCGAGCUUGAUGCAGCGAAAGACAGUAGAGUCGUGCUCACUGUGUCAGCCACCCAGCAGCUGAAUGCGGCCAGAGCCUUUCUCGACAGAUCCGGCCUGAAGCUUGGGGGAGGAUCGUGGGAUGCCGUAGUCCUUCGACUCUUUGAGUCACGCGCUGACGAUAUACUGGGCAUACAUGCUUUUCAACAGAUUCUCGGGCUCUCUCCUGGCUUUGGGGUUGAAGUAAACUCGAAGAACACACAACGCUUGCCUCCGUAUGUACGUGAUGGUAGUGCAGCCGCCAUCGGCAUAGGACAUCAGGUCUUGCGAACCAAGAUCAAAGCUGGCGAUCUUGCGGGUGCUUUCCACGUAAUAUUCAUGUUACAGCGAUACACCGAUGAAAACAAAAAGAGGUCUCUUCAAGACUUCUUCCGCUUCGAGGGGGAGGGUAAGCAACAGCGGCGGAUAAAAGGCAGUCCACUGUUCACUGGCAAUUACAGCAUAAUAGACUAUCCAGCGUUCGGACUGCAGAUUCCGUCUACCGCACUCGGGCAGCUGCUGGAAUUGGCGACGGCCGCUAAUUCGCUUGAAUAUGGGAGGUGGCUUCUGUACAACGACGAAGUAGACGGGCCACUGAUACCUGAGCAUAUGUACAAGGACCCUGCUGUGGCACCUGCCCUCAUCCGCUUCGCGACAGCAGCACACGACAAUGCUCUCCUGGUGAAAGUAGUGCAAGCAAAGGCCAGCCAGAACAAAGAGACAGGAUCCGGUCCAACCUUAUCGCAUAAAGUACUGCAGUCCUUCUUCGACGUGCAGGUCGGAAUGAGGAGAUGGCCUGCUGCACAACGGAUCCUCGAGACCCUUUCUGAAAACAUGCAAGAAAGCUGGAGUACUAUCAACUUGGCUCAUGUUGCUCGUACCAUUUUUGAGCUCCAGUACCAGUCUGACACUCGUGAAGAUGACCCACGCAAAGAAGAUUUAGUAGCUGCAAGACAACUUUUCCACAGCAUGUUUAUGCCAGAGCGCGAGGAGAAGCGGAUACGAGGUUCACGAGACGGUGAAAGGAUUAAGACACUAUGUACAAUCUUGGCCACUGUCGAUGAAGAAUGGGCAGACUUUACCACCACGAUUGCAUCGCUCCCGGACCACUUCGUCUUCAAGUCGGACGUGAAAGCGUUCAAUAUCGUCCUGCAGAGCAUAGCAAAUACUCGUGGUGCUACUGCUGCCCACCAGCUUGUCAGUACCUUUUGGCCAGCUAGUGUGCGCAGCGCCCACAGAAGACAUAAUUCUUCCAGGUCCGCUCGCAAACGUUCGAAUCCGCUUGAUCAUCCUCACCGUCAACGGACCGUCCUGCGAAUCCCCGCCGCCAAGGAGAAAUUGGUGGCCAUGUAUGGAGGUCUGCGGCCAAACUCUGCGACGCUUCGCAUUGUACUGCACAGCGCUCUGAUCGAGGUUGGACGCGCUGCGGAUGAUGCGGGAUCAACUGACGUGGAAUGGACUAGUAGCUAUCCUCUCGGUGACUCAAAGGACACGAUUACUACACAGCUGAGCGAUAUACUUGUCUGGGCACACCGGGCUCUACUUGAGCUUGGAUCUGACAACCAGGAUCUGUUACACGAGCUCGAAAGUACCCUAUCAAAUCACCAGCUCGAACACUUGCGAACGCAUGUACCAGCUCUGUUCGAGAGUGUGGACCCUGAAGCUGAUGACAAUGCGACGGCAUCGGCAGUAUGA